AUGCACGUGCGAGCGCUCGUGCUGAUGCAUGUUGUCGGCGGGAUCUGCGGGGACAACAUUCUGCUGUACCCGUACUCCGUGUUUUUUAACUCCCGAAUCAUGAACAUGGAGAAGCUUGCCCUCAUGCUGCGGGAUCACGGACACAACGUUACCAUACUGGUGGAGGCAGCGUAUCAGCCAACCCGACCACUCGCGGGGGUCCACCUGGAGAAAUUCACCGUCAAAAACACCCCGCUUGUCACUCGGAUCAAACAGCACUGGGAUUUCAAAGCGGCACUAGAGUUCGUGCACAUGUCCUUCCCGAAACAAAUCGCGUUCAUAGAAGAAGUCAGUUAUUCCGUGAGUGACAGUUUGCUUGGGGAUCGUGAAGUCAUGAACAGAAUCAAACACGGGAACUAUUCCCUCUUCAUCUACGACUGGAUUGAUUUGUUUGGACCAAUCCUUGUCCAAUAUCUCAACAUUCCGACCAUUAUCUACUCAAACUAUGGGUUCGAAAACUGCUGGUCAAUUUUUCAUAACCCGGUCAAUCCGGCAUAUAUCCCCGUUAUUCAAGAUGACCAUGGGUAUUCUGACGAAAUGUCCUUCUUCCAACGCCUGCAGAACGCUGUUCUCUUUUGGGUAACUGAAUAUUAUCUAAAUAUCGCCGCCACUAACAAAAUUGAAAACCUGAAGAGAAAGCAUUUCCCCGAUGUCGACUGGCCCCACGUCAGAUACGCUGGAGAAAAAGUGUCCCUUAUUAUCGCUGCCAACGUCCACUUCGCCUUCGACUAUCCACGCCCUGUUAUGCCGCACGUGAAACCAAUAUCCGGGCUCCUGCACACGGCCCCCCGCCCGCUGCCCGCACACCUAGAGGCCUUCAUGUCGUCUGCUGCAAACGGUGUCAUUUUGCUGAGCUGGGGUACUGCCAUGGCAACGCUGGAUAAAGACCAGGCAGAAAUACUAGCAAAGGUAUUUGCAAAACUCCCCCAGAAGGUAAUAUGGCGGUACAAGGGGCCCCGGCCGGCACACCUCGGCAACAACACCCUGCUGGUCGACUGGUUGCCACAGAACGACGUCUUGGCCCAUGUCAACACCAAGCUCUUCAUCACCCACUGUGGCGUCAGCAGUAGCUGGGAGACCAUGAUCCACGGGGUGCCCGUAGUGGCGGUGCCACUCUGGGGUGACCAGUAUCAUCAGGCGACCAAACUGGUCACCAGGGUGAAAAUGGGCGUUAAGAUCGAAUUCAAAAACCUAAAUGCUAAAGACUUCGAGGAUGCUAUUUUAAUUGUGUUGCAAAAUAGCGAGUAUAAGGAAAAUGCCAUGAAGAUAUCGGAGUUACUUCGUGACCAGGCAUUGCCUGCAAAGGAACAGUUUCUUUAUUGGGUUGAUUACGUCAUACGGCACAAGGGACCGCUUUUCUUUCGGUCACACGCCACCUAUCGUCUGGCGUGUUUGAGGCACUUCACUGCCCAGCUAGAAGUCUAG